CACACGCUGACUUGUGCUGGAAUACAGAGAAGGAGAGACAGAGCGAGAGAGAGAGAGCGAGAGCGCGGAGAGAGAGAGAGAUAGAAACAUCGCUCUCUGAAAAGGAUAGCCUCUCUUUUGUUUGUCUGUGUCACACACACACACACACACACACACACAGCAGUCUGUCUCUCUCUCUCCCUCCGUUUCGCUCGCUCACCUCCACUGUCGCGCGGCCACAUUCUCCAUCGCCCAAAAGAAACGAGGGGGGACUGAACGGAGGAGAGGAGCCGGAGAGAGGGAAGCGGGGAGAGGAAUAAAAAAAAGACAGAUGGGAUUUUCAGAGGAGCUGGAAGAUAGCGGAGGACCUGCCGUACGCUCGUGAAGCAGGGAGCAAGUGACGAGGGGAGGGGGGGGGAGAGCAGGAAUGGGUGGAAAGAGAGAGAGAGAGAGAGAGAGAGAAAGAGAGAGAGAAGAGGAGGAGCGAGUGAGUGAGUGAAGGAGCGAGCGCGAGAGCGGAGGGAUGUUAGAGAGCCCUGACCUCUCCAGUCCUCCAGCGCAACGGGGUGAGCCGGGUCUCACUUGAACUCCGCCUCUCUCCCGCUCGAAAAACCCUGUCCCGGAGUGAACUGUGGGCGGGGGGAGGACACCAGCGAGGAGCAGGAGGAGAAGGGGAAACCGGGGGGAGGAAGAAAGGUGAAAAGAGGAAGAAAAAGAGAGGAUUACUGGCUCUUCUGUGGAAGGUGUGGAGAGCGGAGCGGACGGCUCAGACCAGCGUUUCCAGAGAUGAGACCCAGAUGAACAACCGAGACCAACAGUGGAGGAGGGAAAACAGAGGAGACAAAAAAUAAAGAGAGAUUGAGAGAGUGUGUAAGAGAGACAGAGAGAGAGUGAGAGAGUGAGAGUGAGAGAGAGAGUGAGAAAGCGACAGUGAGAGAGACAGACAGUGAGAGAGACAGUGCAAGAGAAAGGUGUGGAGUGAGAGAGACAGAGGGAGUGAGAGAGAGAGAAAUGAGCUGUUUUGGUGAGCCCACUUGCGCUGCCGCCCACCAGAGGGGGGCGCUGAGUUGAGGAACGAGAGGACGGCGGAGGGAGAGGUUGAGAAAAAAAGGGUGUGGUUACAGGAAGAAAGGGGAGAGGGAACUGUAGUUCACCCCUGGGGGACCGGAUUUAACAGUGACAUGAAACCCUGGCCACCAGAAAUCCACACACCUGCGACCUUUGACCCCUGUGCUCUCCCUCUCCCUCCAUGUGACAUCAUCAUUCGGUCUGGACCCGCAGCAUCAGCCCGGUCUCACCACGUGACUGGUUAGAUCCCAGGGGGCGGAGCUUCCUCGCGAGGUUCUCUCCCGAGGUGGAUUCCGGAAGACGUAUGGGGCGGUGGCUCAGGACUCUGCGGAAGGAAGCAUGCCCCACGUCCUCCCCCCCCCUCCGCCCCUCUCAGCUCCAUCUCCCACCACACCCCCCCGCCUUGACGGGACCCCGCGGACUCACGGACGCUCGGACGGACGGACGCACGCACACGCGGGGCAGCCAUGUGACCUAAGGGCUCGGAUCCUCUGCAGGACCUUUUUUACUAACAGGGCUGUUCCGGGACAGGUCUGAGCAGUCUCCGUCUCCAGAACUGUUCACUGUGUACCGCCCACUUUGUCAUUACUGACCAAUCGCCACCAUCUUCAUAACCCUGGCAGACAGGAUGCUGGAACCUGGCUGCGUCCCAAAUCUACAUACAAAUGGAAGUAGUGGAAUUAGGUUUUUAUGAAUAUAUUUUAUAACCUUCUCUCUUUUUUUGCCAAUCACAAGCCAAACAAGCAAAAACGAGUGAAAAAACGCGAAAGGCGUUUCAAUUCGUAAAGACAGCGACCGGAACUUUCCGUUGCUAGCACUGGGAGUACAAAGCGGAUUCGGCACCACGGACAAAGUGCCCAGAUCCAGGCGAGACCGUGCGUCGCUAGGGGGGGGCAGAGAGCCUGGCGACAUGGUCAGCAAAGAGCCCAACCAUCUCCCGGGCGCCAACGGCGCCAACGGCAACGCGGACCGGGCGGUGACCGUGCGGUCCGUGCUGCUGAACCGCGACUCCCCGGACAUCGAGACCCGCCUGAAGCGCCGGCGCAACCGCACCCAGCAGGUGCGCUUCAAGGACCUGGAGGACGGGGGCGGGCCCGGGGGCGGGGCGGACGGCGGGCGCCGGUGGUCGGGGGCGGAGCAAGGCAGCCCCCACCCCAACCGAAAGAGCUCCGGGGGCGGGGGUCCGAGGGAGGCGGCCAAGGAGGCGACGGCCAAUGGCGGGUCGGUGGUGGGCGCCGUCCGGGGAGACAUGGAGGGGACGAUCGGCGCCGUGGCGGCCAUCUUGGCGAGGACGCCCCCUCACCCGCUCACCCCGGCCCCUAUGAGGCGGAGCUGGGCCCCGAUCCGGCCCUGCUCCCUCACCCUGCCCAACCCCCGCCGGCACUGCAUGAGCACCGCCAUCCAGACCUCCCCCAGCCUGCAGAAGCCCCCGCCACUCUGCGCCUCUCAGGCCCGCAGCCGAAGCCUGGAGGGUGGGGGAGGCGCUCCGAGCCAGGACGACGGGGACCGGGGGGGCACUCAGGACGGGGUCUGCCACCAGAACCACACACCACCCCCCACCGGUACUCAGGACUGCCCCUUCCCUUGCGGCUGCCAGCCCCAUCUCUCUCCACAGCGCCCCCUUCUGGACGGGCAUCAGUGCCUCAAGCCAAGGACUGCUGUCGCUGUGUCUCCCCUGCCGGGUGUGCAUUCAAGGCCCGGGGCUCCCGCCUCCCACCCUCACCACCGCCCUUCCUGCCCCCCCACCUCCCCUGUGAUUGGCUCCAACGGGCCCUCCUGCCCCACCUCUCCCCACGGCAGGAAGAAGCGCCUGGGCCGGACCGUGAGCGACCCGGGUAAAACUGUGCCCCCCUGCACCUUACCCCCCAAAUCUGAGCCAGCCCUACCCUCUGCUUCACCCCCUAAAUCUGCUGCAAUCUCAGUGACACCCCCUAAAACGCCUUCAUCUGGCACACGUUCUCAAACAAUGCCAAUCCGCACCUCACCCCCUAAAACUGCGCCAUCUCCCGUCCUGCCCCGUCAAACUCCGUCACCCCCUCGAGCUUCCCCCCCUCAAACUGCUCCACACUGUGUCUCAUCUCCCCAAACUCCGUCACCCCCUCGAGCUCCACCCCCUCAAACUGCUCCACACUGUGUCUCAUCUCCCCAAACUCCGUCACCCCCUCGAGCUCCACCCCCUCAAACUGCUCCACACUGUGUCUCAUCCCCCCCUCAAACUGGUCCAAACUGUGUCUCGUCCCCCCAAAUUCUACCACCAUCUGCUUCCACCACUCAGAGUCUCCCAGCACCUAAAAUGGUGCCCAAGCCCGUGCCAGCGACAAAUAUCCCACACAGUAGCUUGCCUCCCCAAACUGUGCUACCCUGUGCUUCACAAGCCCAAACUAUCCCACACGGUACCUUGUCAACCCAAACUGUGCUACCCUGUGCUUCGCACCCCCAGACCGUCCCACAUGGUACCUUGCCUACUAAAACUGAGCUACCCUGUGUUUCGCACCCCCAAACCAUCCCACAAGGCACUUCGCCUCCCCAAACUGUGCUACCCUGUGCUACUCACCCUCAAACUGUCCCACACGGUACCUCGCCUGCCCAAACUUGCCUUCCCCCUCCUCAGGCCCCCAACACCACUCAGGACUCUUGGAGAGGGGGAGAAAGGGAGAUGGGCAAUAGACGAGCCUCCCCACUCCCACCCCCGCCCCCACCUCCGCCCCCGUACACCCCCCGUAGAGAGGGCUGCUGCGGCUCUGGACCCACUCUGCAGUCUGAGCCCCCAAAGAGGGGGUCAGUGCCUCCCGCCUACCCCCGUAGGCCCGGGACCCCCGCCGUACCCCGGAGACAGGGCCCUGCUCCCGCCCAGACCCCAGCCCCGGCCCCUUCUGCUACCCAGCACGCCAUCUUCUGCACUGAGCCACAAGCCAACACCCACAACACACCCGGCAACACCCACAACACACCCGGCAACACGCCCGGCAACACCCACAACCCUCCAGGUAACACGCCCGGCAACACCCACAACCCUCCAGGCAACACGCCUGGCAACACUCAUAACACUCCGGGCAAAAGUCACAACCCACCUGGCAACACACAGAACACUCUGGGCAACACACUCAGCAACACACAGAACACUCCAAGCAACACGCCCGGCAACACACCAGGAAACGCACCCUGGAAUGAACCGGACAAGAUGCCCGGUGAUGCACCAGGCAACCCCCACGCCCCAGCUCCCCCGAGCAGGACUACAGACCCCGCCCUCACCCCAGGACAGGCUGAAACGCUCAAGCACGUGCAGGAGCUGCUGGGGGGGCUGGUGUCGGGGGCCCGGGGCAAGCUGGAGCUGGCCAAGGCCAGGGAGAAGCUGUUGGGCCCCCGGGGGCCCCUGCACGAUAUCGGCACCCUGCAGUCCCAGCUGCACAGCCUGGAGGGGGUGCUGGAGACCAGCCAGAACACCAUCAAGGUCCUGCUGGACGUCAUCCAGGACCUGGAGAAGAAGGAGGCGGAGAGAGACGGGAGACACUCUUAUAGGACGGGUCAGGACAUCGAGAACUGCGGCACCUGCAGGGACUGUGCGUGCAUCAUCUACAGUGUGGAGCACGAUUUUCGGCUACAGGAGGGACAGUUCACCCGGGCCUGGAGGAUCUCUGACCCCCCUGACUCGGACCACAGCUCCCCCCAGACAGGCCCCGCCCCGACCCCGCCCCCACGACACGAGGACUCGCCCCUGCCCCCCCGCCCCUCCCACGCCGUCAAGAAGAGCCGGAGGAAGUGCUUCUGGUUCCUGUGAACCCCUGCUGUCACCUGCCAGGGGGAAAAACCAGGGCCUGUCAGGGGGAGGAGCCAGGAGCUGGCAGGAGGAGGAGCCUAGAGCAGGCAGGGGGAUGGG